AUGGCCGCGAGUAAGGCUGAAUUGGACCAUGAGCAGAGGCUCCGAGUGUAUCAAUAUUAUUGCGCUUUGAGAGACUUCUUUGACAUUACAGGGGAGAAACAUGACAGGUCAAAUUCUGCAAGAGCCCAAAAGGCUAGGUCAAAGCUGUUGAAAUUGUAUCCCUCUCAGUUUUUUGAGCUGAGUACGGAUGUUCACGAUGAGUUACAGAGAAGAAUAGAUGAGCAUCAAACACAGCCCGACCACCUACUACCUCGAGACAAUUUCCACGUGAAAAGGAACCAAGCUCGGCAAAAGCUUGCGAAUUUGUCGCAAAUGCGAUUCAACGACCUCGUUGAUGACAUUUUAUAUGAAAUCAAGAGGAGAGACUAUAAUACAGAGCCGGAAGAGCUUCUAACUGGGCACUCAGAUACGGCAACUAAUAGCAGUAAGACAUCGUCUUUGGCUGGUGCUGGAAACAAAAUUGCUCCAAAUGCUACAGUACAGGCUUCACAAGUUAUUCCUAAAAAGGCAUCUAUCGACUGGAGUUCAGAUGAAGAAGAGAAAAGAGAACAUGAUGAAAUUUCAGAUGUAGAUUCUCCUAAUACACCUGUGCUUCCUCAACAUGAUUUGGUUGAUUCCCUUUCAUCUCCUAAGUUUACUAAGAAAUCCUCUCUGCCAGAAAGUUUAGUGAAUAUUCCUCUUUCACCUGUAUCUAAGAAGUCACAAAAUGAGGCUACAGAAUUUGAUUCGCACCAACCAGAUGUCGAAAACUCGUUCUCUGGUGACACCCCAUCGGUUCCAAGCUCCCCGAUAAAGGCAGUAUCGUCACAAAAUCUGACCUCCCCGAUAAAGACAAUAUCUUCACAAAAUUCAAACUCCGAGGCAAGACGUACAGGAUCGAUAAGUCGGGCCUCUUUAGAGCAUCAAAAUAAAGAUAGAGAAAUACAAGUACUAGUCGCGGAGGGCACUAAAAUGGACCAAAAGAUCACUGCAUUAGAACGUUCAAACGCGAUGCUAUCUCAAAAAAACUCUUCAUUGCAAAAGGAAGCCAGCGAACGUAGAGCUGCCAAUGACGAGCUCGUUUCAGAGAUUUCUGAUUUGAAGAAUAAACUCGAAACACUCGAAAAAUCUUCUUUAAUGAAGAAGGAUGGAGAUUCCGAGAACUCACCUAGAAAUCCUCUAGACGAUACGUAUCAAAAAGAGCUUUUUUCUAUGACGAAGCAGCUCAAUUCAUUAUCUAUUGAAAAUGAAAAUUUGAAACAAGCUUUGGCAGAACUAGAAAUUAAACUAAAAAAGGCUAACUCUCAAGAGCAGUCUAAUAAAGGCCAUACAGUUCAUCAGUUAUUGAAGGAUGGUGAAGUGAAAACUUUUGAUGCUUUACCUUCAGAAGAGCUGUUGAGUGAUCAAAUUUUGAAAGAGUUUAUCUCACAUGAAGGCUUGGUGCCAUUAAGCUUAAUUCGAUCUUUCAAUAAACACAUCGAGAAAAUAUUUGGCGAUAUUCAAAAUCAGCGCGUGAGUGAGUCUUUUGGUGACCUGCUGUUUGAAGAUAUAGCACUGAUUUCUGAUGCUGUACAUCAAAUAGUUACACUUACUGGUACACCUGAUAACGGGGAAAAUAUCAUUCUUUUGAAAGCUUCUCUAUCCCACGCUAUAACAGCGGUGCGUUACUUCGCAAUAUAUCACAGAUUGCUACCUAGAAUUACAGUAGAGAGUGCCAUUGCUGGAGUUUCCUUCGCUGUUUGUGGCUUGAUUAAAAAAGUUAAAGUUAGCAAAACUGAGACAGCAUCAGAUAUAAUUGCGCAGGAACUGCCUAACACACCAAAAACACCUGUUGAAUCUACCCAUCAAUUUCCGGCCAGGAAGUUCAAAAAUAAUUUAGACAGUGACUUUGAUGAUCCACGGGAGGCUAGCUCCUUUAUUGAAGAGGAACCUGCUUCGUUGUCACCGGUGAAGCCUUUGAAAAUCACACAGAAAGUUGUUACAAAUAUCACACCAACAAAGAAUUCAAACAGAAAGCCUUCAAGCAGCUUGUUUGCGUCGAUUGUUACCCCUAAUAUCAGCAGAGGAUCAUCUCCUAGAAGUUCGCGCCAAAUGCCAUCUUCAGGCAUAGGAAAACCCGUGAAAGAUCAUACUGAAGAUUUAACAAAGAGCACGAAAAUGUACAGUGAGGUUCCAAGUUCUGGAGGUGCCAUUAUUCGGGAGCCAAAAAUAGCUGUGCCUUUAGGCAAAGCAAUUGAUAGAGUUCACAGAAGGGAAAAUACCGAUGAACCAACUGGGGUGGAACCUAUACAAACAGAUGGAAGUCAGGAAAAGGAAAACAACAGUGAGUCACAGAAGUUGGAUGAAAAGGAGCCAGAGCCUUUAGAUGAUGCCAAGGCAAAUCAAGAUACAGGUUCCGUCAAAACAACUGAUACAACUUCUCAAGGCCAAACCACGACUGCUCCUGAAAAUAGUACCCAACAUUCACUAAUGGAUGGCAUAAAAGCUACCAUUAGCAACGGAUUUUUUGGUAAAGCUGCUUCCGCGUCUAAUAAUAGCCAAGCUAAAUUGAACCUUGCUCUAGAGAAUGAGAAUUUUUCGAGUGAAGAUGAUAGCCAAGAUGAUGGUUUUCAACAGCGUAUCGGUGAAAGCACUACAACGAGCGAUGAGGAUUUCACAUAUCAAGCUUUGAAAGAAAACAUGAAAAGUAGUCAUUCAUCAAAGACAAAUGAUCCCACUAGGGUAGUGAUCGCUCGUGAAGUUCACCGGGCAUCCAAUGAUUGUACGGAUAAGGGCCCCUCCAAGGUCUUGAACGAUGAUUUGAAUGCCGAACCCGAAACUUUUACAAGUGAACCAUUGUCUUUUUCUUCGCCUACGAAGUCUUUAAAUAUGCCAAAUGAGGCUAUUACUGAAAAUGUGCCCGAAGAGGACAAAAUUUCAAUAAAACAAGAGGAACAGAUUACGUUACCUGCUACUACGUCCAAACUACAUGUGCCUAAACCAAUAGUAAAAGUUACGGAACCAGAAGCCGAAGAACCUGUAAAGGUCGGCUCUACUGUUGAUGACACCGAGCCUGAUUUCGAUAUUGAUGCAUUUGAUAUUGAAAACCCUGACAAUACAUUAUCAGAACUAUUACUUUACCUGGAGCACCGUACAAUUGAGGUAAUCAGCACCAUCCAAUCUCUAUUGACUUCCAUCAAGCAGCCGAAAGCAACGACUGGCGAGCUGCGUGGGGAGUCUAAUGCUAUCAGUCAAGUAAUCGGCCAAAUGGUAGGCGCCACCAGCGUUUCCAUGGAUCAGUCACGAAACGCUUCUUUGAAAGAACAUGGCAAUUGGGUUGUUCAAAGUCUAGAAGACUGUCGGAGAAGAAUGACAGUUCUUUGUCACUUGAACGAUCAUGACAGUAUCACAUUAGAAGAAGGUGAUGAUGAAUAUGCUGACAAACAUUUUAAGCAACGCUUAGCAGGUAUUGCCUUUGAUGUUGCGAAAUGUACGAAAGAACUUGUCAAAACUGUGGAAGAGGCAAGUCUCAAAGAAGAGAUCGAAUUUUUGAACUCUAGGUUGGCACACUGA